AUGUAUAGCACUGAAGAUAGAAUCAUAUAUAGCAGUGAAGAUAGCACCAUAUUUAGCAGUGAAGAUAGCAACAUAUGUAGCAGUGAAGGUAACACCACAAAUAUCACUGAAGAUAGCACCAUAUUUGGCAGUGAAGAUAGCACCACAAAUAGCACAGAAAGCACCAUAUAUAACAGUGAAGAUAGCACCACAAAAGCUCUUAAGAUAGCACCAUAUAUAGCACUGAAG